AUGUCAUCAAUGGAUGUCAAAUUUAUCCCCAUAAAGUCAUUCAUUGACUCGAAUUUCUUCAUCAGAUUAUCAGAAUUGAAAUUAGAUGAGUUGAAGUUGGAUUCAAAACCCAUAAAGAUUCAUGGAUUCUUGAAUGAUGCUUUAAAGUUGAACAAGUUCAAUAAUGUUCCUAUCAUGAAUUUGAAUUAUGAUAGUUUCAAACCAGAAACAGGAGAUUCCGAAUCAUCAGGGUUCAACAAUAUCAUGGAAGGUACACUUUAUAACUUCAACACAAUCGAAGAGUUUAAAAAUUUAGACAAGCAGAAGAUACUCGGUGAAUGGGGUGAAGAGAUCAAAGAUGGAUUCGAUAAGGGGAAAUUUAAUCAGUUUAGAAUGAUCACAUUCUGUGACUUGAAAAAGUAUAAGUUCUAUUAUUGGGUAGCAUAUCCUACUGUUUAUAGUAAGUGGGAGGUUACUAGUGUUGAGGAUGUUGAAUAUGAAGGAGAUUUGACUCAACAGUUCCAGUUGGAUGAGAAGGUAUACAUUGAUACGUGUUUGGAAGAAAAUCAAUUAUCAUACCAGGUGAUCAAUUUCUUAAAUCACAUAGCAACCACCAAGGAUGAAUUGACCAAGAAAGAAGUCAGUAUGAAAAUCUAUAAAAAUGGUCAGUUCAAAUCAUAUACUUUCAGAAGUGACGUGAAAACCAACUUUAUUGGAUGGGAAAGAACUAACCAAGGGAAACUAGGACCUAAAUUGGCUAAUCUAGGUACUUUAAUCGAUCCCCAUCAAUUAGCUAAUCAAGCGGUGGAUUUGAAUUUGAAACUUAUGAAAUGGAGAAUCGCUCCAAAUUUGAACUUGGAUGUUAUUAACCAUCAGAAAGUGUUAUUACUUGGUGCUGGUACGUUAGGUAGUUACGUUUCGAGAUGUUUGAUGGGUUGGGGAGUCAAAAAUAUCACUUUUGUUGACAAUGGAAGAAUUUCAUAUUCUAAUCCAGUAAGACAGUCGUUAUAUAGUUUUAAAGACUGUUUUAGUGAUAAUGGACAAGGAGAGAUCAAAGCAGUGAGAGCAAGUGAAUCAUUGAAAGAAAUAUUUCCUGGAGUCAAUUCUCAAGGUAUAGAGAUGGAAAUUCCCAUGAUAGGUCACCCCAUGACCAAUGAAGCUAAAGUCAAGGAAGAUUAUGAGAAGUUAGAUGAAUUGUUUGAUGCUCAUGAUGUAAUAUUCCUAUUAAUGGACUCGAGAGAAUCUCGUUGGUUACCUACCCUUAUGGGGAUUUCCAAAAAUAAAUUAGUUAUCAAUGCGGCUCUAGGCUUUGAUAGUUAUUUAGUGUUAAGACAUGGAACUAAAGAAUUGGAUUUGGGAUGUUAUUAUUGUAAUGAUGUGGUUGCACCCAAUGAUUCGUUGAAAGAUCGAACUUUAGACCAAAUGUGUACUGUUACUCGACCUGGAGGUGCAUUGAUGGCAUCUUCAUUAGCCGUAGAACUAUUAGUAUCGGUAUUACAACAUACUAAAGGGAAAAAUGUUGACAUUGAUACCAGUACUUUAGGAGAAAUCCCCCACCAAAUCCGUGGUUUCUUAAAUAACUUCCAACAAAUGAAAUUAUCAACUCCAAAAUAUCAAUAUUGUUCAGCCUGUUCAACUAAAGUGGUUGAAAAAUAUGAACAAGACUCUUGGGAAUUCAUUAAGAGCUGUUUAAAUGAUACCAAAUAUCUUGAAGAUGUUUGUGGUUUAACUGAAGUACAAAAAGAAGCUGAACGAGUAAGUGAACAAUUAAUGGAAUCAUUAGAAUUAGAUGAUGACGAUUGGAUGGAUUAG